AUUCAACUCAAGGUCAUUGCGCGCAGGUGGAAAUAGCUAAGGUGACUACAAUGAUGAACUGAUUUCGUCACCAGCUGUAGAUGCCUAUGUACCCUCUGUGUAUUCUGAAAAAUUCGGAAAUAUAAAUGCAAAGGACAGAUACUACUUCAACAAAUAAAAAUAGAUGGAAGCCAUAAAUUGGUCAACAUUUUCGUCUGGUUUACUGCUUGUUGUAUCUAAAUUGAUUUUACAUAAUCUUAUCCCGCACAUUAUUGACGUAUCUUUUUGUUUAAGCAUCCAGUUGACGAUAAAUAUUCCUUAUCACUCCGUACAUACUCUAAUAGUUCCGCUUAUAAAUAAAUGUCUGUCAUUCAAACAGUUUAUUUUCUCAUCAUAUUUUGCUUCAAAAUGUAUGUAUGUCUAUCUCUAUGACAACCCAAUAAAUAUAAAAUAACACUGAACAAACAAAAGUUAGUUCCGAUUGAUGAAUCGAUUAAUUAAAAUCAGACGAUUAUUUCGAACAUAUACAUUUUUACAUAUUUUUCUAAAAAUAAACAUUUUAUCAAUUUUCAUAUAUUUUCUUCUAACCAUAAUUAACAACUAUCGAUUUCCCAAUAUAAAUUAUCAUGCAUCUACUGUACGAGAUCGUGAAGAAUUACGAUUAGCUCAUCUACGCACAUUAAUGUACGAUUGGUACCAUCAAGGAAAAAUACCGUUUGUUUACCAACCACCACAAUCAUCAUUGUCAAUUUUAAGUAAUAAACAUGGUAUUGUCAUUAGUAUCAUGACGUCGAAUCGUGUUCAAUAUCAAAUUGAUGAUUAUCAACCGGAUUAUUUAACUCAAUCUUUAUCAACCUUAAUUAAACUAAUAUUUGAAGAUAUUUCAAGGUAUGGUUACCGAUUUAAAUAUAUCAAUAUAAUGAUCUGUUUGAAUGGAACCAAAAUAAAUGAAUUGUCUAAUGUACAUGAAAUUAUACGACUUGUUGGUCAGCAUGCAAUUCAUCCAUUGCGUUCUAAUCAAUUAUCAACUUAUAGGAAUUUAUCUGUUAAUUAUCAAUUUGUGAGAGAUAUGUCGACCUGUAUGCUGAAAUCAGUUGAUUUAGUUAAAAAACAAGAACAUAAUCAUAGUGAUUAUAUACUUAUCAUACAAGAGGAUAUGAUUGCAAUGAAUAAUUUAUUUGAUGUACUAUGGGGAUUAAUGCAACAAUCUAUGAAUAAUAUUCGUCAUUAUCAUGACCAUCAUAGACUUGGUAUGAUCCAAUUGUAUUCACAUAAAAACGUAAUGAAAUUUCCAUUUUAUCAUAAAAUUGAUAGACGAUUAUUUGAGUUAACAUUUGCUUGCCUACUAUUCAUUACAUUCAUUGCAUUUUUUAUUUAUUUACAUGUAGCAUUUAAACAAUCAUCAUCACAGUAUGGAUUAUAUAAAUUCUAUUUAAUGCUUAACUUAUUCUUUACAUUGUUUACUUUAAUUUGGUUGUAUGGAUUUAAUAAUUUAUUGAUUCGAUUAUCUAAUUUAUUUAUCUCUUAUAAUAGUGUUUUUCAACUCAAAAGUCAAUCGUACUACGCUAAAACUGAUAUGGUUAUGGCUAAUUUAUAUUCAAGUAUACAAGUUAGACAAAUCAGUCAUUAUCUAAAAUCAGUUGCACCAUGUGAAAAUUCCUUAUGGUAUUUAAAACAGGAUGAAUCAAAAUGUGCUCAAUUGAUUACAUCAUAUCUUGUGUCAAAUGCUAAACAAAUAUUUAGUGUAUAUAUGAAUGUAUUUAAACAUUGUGGAUUGUAUUCGAAUGAAGAAAAAAGAAUGCUGAAUCCAGCUGAUGUCGAAUAAUAUUGGUAGUAAUAGCGUGUUGUGUCUUUCUUAAAUAGUUCUUCGCUACCCAGAAAUAGAUUAAAUUUUGUUGAGUUUUGUA